AGCCAGUACACGUAACAGGUAGAGCCGUAAAAUCAUAUGGAAUCAAAUCAAAUAUACUUUGGAUACAUUUCUAACGGUGUAGACUAAAAAGAAAUACCACUACAGCCAGAAGUGAUACCUCCUAGCCAUUUUGUUAGCAGCAGCCGCUGUAAACGUGGGCUAGGAAAGGACGGACGACGGAUCCAGUCUAACACACAACGUCGAUACUACAACGAGCCAGUUUACUACCAGAGACAUUCUUCCGAGGACAGGAAGAUCUCUGUUGGGCAACACGGCCAGCAUCUAAGACCAACCUACCGAAGCGCAGCUCAGAAUGAGAGCUUCUGGACCAACAUAAAGAUCCCCUGCAUCGGGAAGGCUGAGCUGGCAGUACCUUACUGGGACAGCAUGGAUUCUAUACUGAGCUACAGAAGAGAUAGCAGCAGCGACAAACAUUUAUGUUGGAGGCUGACACCAACAUAGCCAUUGAACAUCGGAAUACUAAGACUGGAGUCUCUCUAGAGACUGCUGUCCUUGAUCGACAGUGCGUUAUGGUGUGAGCAGGACUAAGCAGCGCUCCCACACAUCCCCUCCCACCUGGGCACCAAGCCAUGUCUCCUCUCUCUGCCCUGGGUGUUUUCUGUGGAUUGUUCCUUCCUAUGUGUCUCGGUGAAUACAACACUCACAGUUGUAUCCCACGGAAGAGUGUCCUCUACCAGGACAAUCUGAAACUGUUCCGAGAGGAAGGGAUUUGGAACUACUCCACUAUGUUGGUUCGAGAGGAUCUGGGCCUGCUGCUGCUCGGGGCUCGAGAGGCUGUCUAUGCCCUGGACAUCAAUGAUAUCUCCAUCAAGAAGUCUGGGGUGUAUUGGCGGGUCACUGAGGAGAAACAGAGGGAGUGCACAUACAAAGGGAAACACGCCGAAAUCGAAUGCCGUAACUACAUCCGGACCCUGCAUAAAGUGGAUGACAGCACAAUGUAUGUGUGCGGGACAAAUGCUUUCAGCCCCACCUGUGAUUACAUGACGUACUCUGAAGGACAGCUGAGACUAGAAGAAGCGCAGGAGGAGGGAAAAGGGAAAUGCCCCUUUGAUCCCUUCCAGAAAUACUCCUCCAUCAUGGUCGGGAAUGACCUCUACUCUGCUACCUCCAUCAACUUCCUGGGCUCUGAGCCUGUGGUUCUCCGCAGCUCCUCCUCUGCGCUUCGCACUGAGUUCAAGAGCUCCUGGCUCAACGAGCCCAACUUUGUAUACAUGGACCUUGUCCCCGAGAGCAAUAACAACCCAGAGGGGGAUGAUGAUAAGGUUUACCUGUUCUUCAGCGAGAAUGCCAUGGAGUAUGACUUCUACAACAAGCUCACCGUGUCAAGAGUUGCUCGUGUCUGCAAGGGGGAUAUGGGUGGGCAGCGGACGCUCCAGAGGAAGUGGACGUCAUUCCUGAAGGCUCGCCUGGACUGCUCUCUGCCAGAGCCCAGCCUGCCAUAUAUUGUACAGGAUGUCUUCCUGCUCAAAAACGAUGACUGGCGCAAAAGUGUUUUCUACGCAGUGUUCACUCCCCAGUCGAGCUCGUCCGACAUGUCUGCAGUGUGUGCGUACAGUGUGUCGGCCAUCGGAGACGUGUUUGAUAAGGGGAAGUUUAAGACGCCAGUGACUGUGGAGACUUCCCAUGUGAAGUGGGUCAUGUACAGUGGAGAGGUGCCCACCCCAAGACCUGGAGCUUGCAUUAACAACGCAGCACGGACCCUUGGGAUGGAGCGCUCCCUGGACCUGCCAGAUAAGACCCUGCAGUUCAUCAGGGACCGGCCCCUCAUGGACGAUGCCGUGCACCCGCUGACCGGCCGUCCGCUGCUGGUCAAAAGGGGAGACCUGUUCACACGCCUGGUGGUGGACAGCGUGCUAGCUCUGGAUGGGGAGAGAUACGCAGUCAUGUUCAUUGGCACAGAGAACGGCUAUGUGCAGAAGGCAGUGAACUAUGCUGGCGAGAUGUUCAUCAUUGAAGAGAUACAACUGUACCAGACCCCAGAGGCUAUCAGGACCCUGCGUCUCUCCAGCACGGGUCAGCUGUAUGCAGGCUCUGAGUAUGGAGCUGUGCAGAUGCCUCUGAGUGAAUGUGGCCGUUAUGAGUCUUGUCUGGACUGUGUCUUAGCCAGAGACCCUUACUGUGGCUGGGACCUCUCCACUGGCCUCUGCUCUGCUGUGGCCAGCUCACCCUUUGCCUCAGUCCCCACGAACAUGAUUCAAAGUCUAAAAGAUGGUGACAUCUCACAAUGUCCGAAAUCAGAGACGAUGAAGCCAGAGAACUACACCUUAGUUCCUGGCAACAACAUCAAGCUGCCGUGCCAGCCUGACUCCAACCUGGCACAGGUACAGUGGCUCUUCUCAGGGCAACUGCUGCUGUCUGAUACCAAGUACUACAUCUACAAUGGGGGUAUCCUCAUCCUCAAUGCCUCCGCCGCCAACACCGGCCAGUACACCUGUGAGUCUGUUGAGCAGGUGAACAGCCGACCGUACACCAAGACUAUGGCAGUCUAUCAACUGUUGCCCCACACUAACCUAGAUGAAGAGAGUGAGACGAUGACAGAGUCCCCCCAUAGUCACAGUACCCCAUUACCAGAGCUCCUGGAGGUAACAGAGAAGCCAAAGGCUUUGGAUCCCCUUCCCCCCCCUGAGUCACAGUGUGAAGACGGCAGGGUGGUAGGCCUGCAGGUGGUGGUGGCGCUCCUCUCUCUGAUGGUGGUUGGUCUAGUAGCCUGGAGUCUGUAUAAAGGAUGCUUUAGAAACAGAUUCUCAGAGAACUCAAGCGCUGGCCAGGUGAAAAGGCCGUCGGAUGACUACAUGCAAAUUCAAAACAAUAUAACUUCAGAGUUCAAGCUGCUGGGACCUACACCCAGUCUCAGUGCUAACAAGAAUCAAAAUGCUAUCAUAGCCUUCAAAGGGAAUGGGGAACACCACUUCUCUCCUGGAAGCAAUAUUUCCACUGUGGAUGGUUUGGGGUACAUUGAUGAUGAGUCAGAGAUCUGACCAUCAGUGUUCACCGCUCUCUCACCAGGCAGCUGAUUUAAGACACUAGCGCAAUGACAAGCUCUGUACACUGAACUUGUUUUGGAAUUGUCCUUAACAUUUUCCCACCACUACAUCUCCCUAGAUUGAAUUUAUUUUGUUUAGUCAUUGCAUAAGGCGAAUACAUUGUACAUCCCUUUGUUAAAUAUUAUUUUGUAUUGUCAUGUAUAUUGCAAAUAUUUAUUUAUAUUCAUGUAAUAUCUAAAGUAAAUAAGCCCAUAAUACUAAUGUGGUGUACAUAGUUAAGAUCUACAAAUAUUCUAAGCAUUUCAUUCUACGGACCAGUAAUGAUUACUCCAAACCUUUUAAGUAGAUCAAAACAGCCAUGGACCAAAUACAAACAAUUGAACACUC